AUCGAGAGAAUUGGAGAGGGAAGGGCAACGGUAGAUUCCAGUGGCCAUUCUUUCUCUCAUCUCCGCUCGCUCAGCACAGGGUUGGUGCCUUUGGUGGGGAAUUGCUAAGAAAUGGCAGCGAAACAUGCCUGAUGUGGCCGCGCGGGUCCCUCUCGCGCCUUCUCGUCCGCGUGACCGCCGGCGCCACUGCCCGCCACGCCUGCGCGCGCAUCCACCCGCUCCUCGUCAAGUCCGGCCACGCUUCCGACGCUCGCCUCGCCACCGCGCUCGCCGACGCCUAUGCCAAGUCCGGCCUCUUCACGCACGCGCGCAGGGUGUUCGACGAAACGCCGCGCAGGGACCUCGUGCUCUGGAACGUCAUGAUCUCCUGCUACUCCUCCCAUGGCCUGCUCCUCGACUCAUGGGCCCUCUUCGCCUCCAUGCGGAGGAGCUCCGGCCUCUCCGGUGACGGUUUCACCUUCAGUGCCUUGCUCAGCGUCCGCGCUCCUUCAUCUUCCAGCAGCCACCUCCUGGGGCUCCUGGCGCACGGCCUUGUUCUCAGGCUGGGCCUCCAACUGGACCUUGUCGUCGCCACCGCGCUCCUCGACAUGUAUGCAAAGUGCGGCCGGGUCGCUGAUGCUCGCCGGGUGUUUGAUGCCAUGCUGCUAAGGAGCUCUGUAUCCUGGAAUGCCAUCAUUGUCUGCUAUGGCCACCAUGAUGGAGGCAAGGAAGCACUGCAGAUUUUCGUGUCCAUGCUUAGGAAUGAUGACGAGUGCUGCUGUCGACCGGAUGAGCUCACGCUUGCCAGUUUGCUUAGUUCCUGUGCCAACAUGGCAGCUGCCUAUGAGGCUACCCAACUUCAUGCUUAUGCUCUCAAAAGGGGCUUACAAGGAUUUCUGCAAGUAGCUAACGCCUUGAUCAUGGCCUAUGGUAAGAACGGAUUUCUUCAACAAGCCGAAGAGACAUUUGCUACCAUCCAUAAGCCAGACAUAGUAUCAUGGUCAUCCAUGGUUUCAUCUUUCGCCUACCUUGGGUGUGCCAAGAGCGCAAUCCAUAUGUUUGAAACAAUGCUCCAACAAGGCGUGCGGCCUGAUGGCAUUGCGUUUCUUGGAGUUCUUUCUGCCUGCAGCCAUGCUGGACUCAUUCAAGAUGGCCUAAAGUAUUUCCUUCUAAUGACGACGGAUUACCAAAUUGAUCCGUGUCCACAGCAUCUUGCUUGUCUGGUUGAUCUCCUAGGGAGAGCUGGCAGGGUUCAGGACGCCUGCAACGUUUUACUCAACAUCUCCUGCCAAACAAACACUGAUGUUAUUGGAGCUUUCCUUGCUGCUUGCAAGACGCGAGGCAACAUUGAGUUGGCAAAGUGGGCUGCUGAUAGGCUACUUGGUCUGGAGCCAAAUGAGCCAGCAAAUUACCUGCUUAUAUCUAAUACUUAUGCUGCUGCAGGAGCUUGGAGUGAGCUUGCAAAGGUAAGAAGUCUUAUGAGGAACAUGUGUGGCAACAAGGUGCCUGGUUGUAGCUGGAUAGAAAUAGGUGGAGAGGUUCAGACAUUUGUCUCCAAUGAUAUUUUGCUCCAACGAUCAACAGAUAUGCGACGUAUGAUGGAACUUCUUGUUGCAUUCAUAGAGAAAGAGUGCAAUGAUGACACCCAUUGCAAGGAUUUAGAUUUAAUUUCAGAGCGGUUUUGAUGUUUCAUCACAAAUAGGAGUAUAUAUAUAUUGGUUAGACUGACAUCUGCUAUAUAUGAUCUCAGACCUUAGGAGUGUGGCAAUGUAACCAUUCUCAGGUUAUCAUAAAGACAAAGAUGGGAUACUCAAACCCUCAGCAAGGCAGAAAGUGGUCUCUUGGUUAUGCAGUUAUGCUUAUUGGUGCAAAUCAAUUUAUUCUCAUGAACCUCCAGAUGUUGCGCUAAUAUUCAAAAGUGAGGAGGAUAAGCAGGUAGAUAAGGUGAUCCGUGAUCCUAAUCAGCUGCUUCUAGCCCCAAGAUGGAGACUGUGACAGUCGUGUUAGGAUAUUUCUCGCCGCUGCGAGAUGGUGGAGCGAAGACUAAUCAGGGAACUUGUGGCUCUCCAUUUCCGGCUGGUGGCUGGAGGUUGGCGAGGCAGAUCCAGAUCUGGGCUUUUAAUGCGAUUCAAGUCUGCUGGCUGUAUUGUCCAUGCAUAUGAUUCUCAUAUUAUAUCAGGGGCUAAUCUGGCAUAUAAAUGUUGGGUUCAAGUGAACCCAAUGAAAAAUUUCUAACCUUGUUAUUUAGCAUAAUGUGACACUUUUUAGUUUGACCUCAUACUGUUACUGGGAUGAACCCAACACUUAAUUUUCCUGGCUUUGCCCCUGUCUAGAAUUAAUGUUAAUUCUUGCGCA